AUGGGAACAUAUAAAAAACGUCGGGACGGCAAAGGAGCAGCAAUUAACAUGUUACUUGCUCCUGCCCUUCAGGAUACUGCCAUCGGAAUAGAAAAAGUGAACUUGCUCUUAACAUCUAUGGACAUACCACCACCAGCUAGAAGCAACAUGCAAACUUUACUGAAUGCUGCCAGCCUCAACACUGUCAAGCUGAAUGAGGAGGACAUGGCAGCAAAAAGGCAGCUAGUCAUUCAGCAUAAUCUGGAACAAGGACAUCAGAACCCGCAACUUCUAGACCUGUACUUUGAUGGCCGCUAUAAUGCAACAAGAAUGGUGUCUUCUUACAAACCUGGGCAGGCAGCUUCACAAGCCUAUGGAGUUGCCACUGAAAACCAUACAAGCUACAAGUAUAUAGUGGGACUAGCUGUACAAAAUAAACUCUGCUGGACAGGUGCCUAUCUGAGGAGCAAGGGGUUCGACAUAACUUGUCCUGGUGGCCAUGCUGAAUGCACAGCAACAAUAUCAUACAUGCAGCCUCAUUCUGAAAGAAAAAUGGCAUAUGACAUUGCUGAGCAGUUGUCAAAUGAAGAUCUACUUGUCCGCACACUGACAACUGAUGAAGAUACAGCAGCUCGUCUGGGAAUGAAUGACUUCUAUGAUAAGCUAGGCUAUGCCUGGAGUGUCAACCGCCAGGCAGAUCCGCAUCAUCUUGGCAGCAGGCAAGUGAGAAAAGCCCGGACUUCCAACUGGAGCCAGACAGUAUUCGAAGGCAAAAAACUGACAGGCAGUGCCAGACAACAAGCCAUUUCCGCUCUGGGUAAAGAUAUCAAGGCCAGAUGUAGCGCCAUCAUAGAGAAACUUUGA